AUGGCUUUACUUCAAUGUUACAACAAGGGCUGUGGACAGAAAUAUGACCCAAACGAAACAAAGACGGAUUCUUGCAAGUUCCAUCCUGGGGGUCCCAUAUUUCAUGAUGCUCUCAAAGGAUGGUCGUGCUGUAAAAAGCGCAGCACAGACUUCUCAGAGUUUUUGAGUAUUCCUGGUUGCUUAAAAGGUAAACACAAUAAUGUGAAACCACCGGCAGAACCCUCUAAACAAGAAUCAAAAGAUGAAAAGGAGGUAGUUGUUAGUGUACCCAAAAAGGAGGUUCGGCCCCCUAAUAACGCUACAGAGAGACCAUCGGUCAAUGAACCAAUGAUUGAGCUAAAGAAAACUGUGGGAGCCACGUUAAAACAGGCCUUGGAGAAACAGAUGAAUGACCUCAGUUUACAAGGGGAGAGCAACGAAAAACCUUCCACAGGAGAGAUAACAAUUGGGACAACAUGUAAAAACAAUGCAUGUGGUAAGACAUAUCAGGGUGAAAGUAGCAACUCUGAAGACUGUGUUUAUCACCCCGGCACUCCAGUGUUUCAUGAAGGGUUGAAGUUCUGGUCUUGCUGUCAGAAGAGGACAACAGAAUUUGACACAUUUCUUCAGCAAGUGGGCUGUAAGAUUGGUCAACACGUUUGGAUAAAAGCAGAAAACCCUGGCCAGAAGAAGACGUGUCGAUAUGACUGGCAUCAGACUGGGUCAACGGUCAACAUCUCGGUGUACUCUAAACUGGCGAUACCUGACCGCUGUCGUAUAGAAGCCAACAGGGUCUCCUGCUCAGUCUACAUUGUAUUUGAGGGAGGGAAAAGUCUUUUUGAACAGAAAUUUAUACUUUGUGGGGUCAUUGACCCCACAAAGAGUAAUGUGAAAAUGGCUGGAACCAAAGUGGAAAUCAACUUAAUCAAGGCAGAAUUAUUUCAUUGGCCUGACUUGGUCUCAGCUAUUGUAUCUGACCAAUCAGAAUCCGGGAACUCAUUGGCAGGCAGCAGUCCCAACAAUGUUCAAAAUCUGCAGUCGGCAGGCUUCUGAGAGUGGCUAGCGAAUCUCAUCAUUUUCAUCUUAUUUAGUGUCACAGUUUUGUAAUCUAUGUCAAUGUUUUCUCCAUGGACCUGUUAUUCUAUAAAGGGUAAAAGUGCAAAAAAAAAAAAAUGUUAUUUGAGACAACAUCUAUUUGUUGGCAACAUUUCUCUCUCAGGUAAUAACAUUUUAAGGUUACCAUACAGUUGUCCCGACAUUGUCAAAGAAACUUCUGUUAUACUCAAGGACAUUUCACUUAUACAACGGCAGCCAGCAUUAUGGUGGGAGGUAACUGAACAGAGCCUGGAGGAAACCCACGAUCAUCCACAGGUUGCUGGCAAACCUUCCCAUGUACAACCAGACAAGAAGCCAGCAUGUGCUAUGCUCGAACUCACAGCGUCUGCCUUGCUGAGUGGUUCCCGUGUCCCGUGCUGGCACGCGAUUAAACCACUCGGCCAUGGAGGUCUUCCGCUGUAAACAUGCAUGGUCACAUAUUAUUUUAGUGUGGAGAACCUCAUUGACAAUGUAGUAGAUAUCUUGUAGUCAUUUUCUUACCUGUGCAUGCACUGUGAUAUUAAUGGGAAAAAAUGGGGGGGAAGGGAUGUACAUUGUAAUUUGACUGUUGUAAAUUUGUGGUUUAAAAAAAGGUAGUCAAAAAGAAAAUUGCCGUAACAGUCUCUCUUAUUCAGUAAAGGAGCGUUGCCAAAUAUCGUUCGGGAACCAGUCUCUUUAAGGAUAUCUCCACAUACAGAGAGCUAUUAACGUUUUAGAGUGUGAAUGCCAGCCCCCAGUCACAAUGAUUACUGACCUAGAGUAAAUUCAUGCAUCCUCGACAAACAUGCGACUGCUGGGGUAUCAUGGCUAUCGCCUACAUGUAUGGAAUGGUUCCAACUUAAUAAUUGGUGGCUCCUGUUCAUCAAGCUUGUUUCCAUUGCUUUGAGCUAAUGUUCCUGUUUUGUGAGUUGAAUUGGUCUUAGGUGCUUACCUUUAAGUUGUUAGGAGACGAGAUACGGGUUCAAAUCCCAGCUUUGACGCAGAGAAUUUGAAGAUUCUCUCACUCUCACUGUUCACGAGGCCUUGGUGACAAUGAGAGGUAAAAAGAUGCUCAUAUAGCCAUUUGCUCAGUCUAGCAUUCAUUGAGACCACUAUUGUCUUUCGCCAAUAUGGUGUGUAUAGCUAUGUGUGACUCAUGAGAAUGGUGGAAAGAACUUGCGAAAGGUUGAUGGUUUUCCCCCAGACAAUCAGGAUUUGUCAACCCGUAUAAUGACUGUUUUUAUACAAGUGCAAAAGUCUUGAAUAGGUCAAUCAGUCAAAAAUAUGAGAAGUGAUUUUAUUAUAUCUGGGGAUCAGAAUCAUGAUAAAACACAUAAAACAUGUAAAAUAACAUUUUUAUUGCCAUGUGCAGUUUUUAAAAAAAGACUCGUAUGGAGAGGAGAUAAAAUUGGAUUUGUACAUUUCCUUUGCCAGGAAAAAAAAGCUGUGGGUUUCUGCUUAUUUUGAUGGCAAGACACUGAAUUAGUGUUGUUGUAAAGUGAAUAUGUAUUGUACAUCUGAAUCAUAGUUGUUCUUUAUUAGGCACUGUUUGGUGAAGAAAAAUUAAUAAACCUCUAAAUGAAUGCGAACCGUAUGAUUUGGUUGCACCAUACAUGUUGUCAAAUUAAUAAAAAUUAUUUCUGAUAA